AUUUAAUCCUAUAGACGCUAUCAAGAACUCGCACUGACACAGUCUCAGAGAAUUUCACGUUAGUAAACAGAAAGCUUAAAAUUCAGUUAAAUUUUCUGCCGAGAAAAUGUCCUUCAGUACUAGACUGAACGUUUUUUUUGCGAUCUGUCAGUUGAUGCUGAUUUAUCUUAUGCUGAUUCCGGGCCCGUCUGCAGCUCAGUUAGAUUCAGAUAACAAUUUGCUUCUACAUGGUGGGAGAGAAAGAAGCUUGCUGGAAACCAAAAAGAGCUGCCCAGUGGAUUUUGAGCACCAGAAUUACACCAUUUUAACAAGCCAGUGUAAAGGUCCAGAUUAUUUACCAAAACUUUGCUGCCCCGCUUUCAAGAAAUUUGCAUGCAAAUUUGCGACAUAUAUAAAUGACCUAUCAACUGAUUGUGCUGAUAUAAUGUUCAGCUACAUAAAUCUAUACGGAAAGUUUCCACCAGGUCUCUUUGCUAGUAUGUGCCGUGAGGGCAAAGAGGGCUUAAAAUGCAAUGCAGAUGCACCUAAUGGAAGUCCAUCUGACUAAGUGCUUAAAGUUCAAAUUCAUAAAAUCAUUAAAAUAAGUGCCAGAAGUCUUAUUAUUUGCCCUCUGGAUUGAAAUAAUCAGUUUGCUCGAGUUCUGGUAUUAAAAGCAUAAAUGUUUAAGCAAGCACCGUGAUUUGCUCAUCACUAUUUUUCUUCUGAACAAAUAUUUUCUUGUAUUUUGCAUGCCCUUUCUUUGAUGAAGCAAUGUAAAAAACCUAGAAUGGAGGUCGAUUUUCAGUUUUCUUAAUGCUA